AUGAGAAGCAGACAUAUCUCUAAAGAUGGGAGUUGCUCUCGUUGCGGUAUGGAGAGCGAAACAGUCAACCAUAUUCUAUUCCAAUGCCCGUAUGCACGACUGAUAUGGGCUACCUCUCCCAUUCACGCACCACCCCAUGGUAUAAUGUCUGAUUCCCUCUACUCAAACCUCCACCGAGUGCUGAGUCUACAAGAAAGAUACACUUCAGAAGAGGCACACGCGGAGCUCGUCCCUUGGCUACUCUGGCGCCUUUGGAAAAACAGGAAUGACUUCCUCUUCCAAGGCAAAGACUAUCCAGCACCAGACACAUUCAAUAAAGCUAUAGAGGACACAGCAGAGUGGAUGAGGAGACAAGAGGAAGAUAAAACAGAGGUUAAAAAACCCACUAGCAAUGGAGCUUGGCACAAAGACCAUCAACAACAAGGUAUUGGAUGGGUCUCUAGAGACUAUGCGGGACGACUGUUGUGGGCAGGAGCACAAAGGUUCGAAGGUUUGAGCUCACCUGUGGAAACUGAAGCAACCGCUUUGAACUGGGCAAUAAGGUCAAUGGCCCGCUUGGGCUACUCACAGGUGAUAUUCGAAACAGACUCGCAGGUACUGGCAAGGAUGAUCGAAGGUUCAGCAGAGACAUGGCCAAAGAUACAACCGAUCAUCCAAGACAUCACCCAAUCCCUUCAGAAGAACCGGAGCUACAGAGUAGAGUUUUUCUCUAGAGACGGUAACAAAACGGCAGAUAGGAUAGCAAAGGAAGAUUUUUCUUUUUUGAAUCAUGUUCCUAAGUUGUAUUCUAUGGUGCCAAGUUGGUUGAAAUCAGUGUUAGAGGCUGAUAUGCCUUCUGUAGGACUGAACUAUGAUGUAGGUCUGAACAAUAUUGGUUAA